GUCAUCUAGAUAUCUGGUAAAAAGGAAGUACAAAAACCUGUCUAGAUACCAGCUAUAUAAGAAGGAAAUAAGUGGCCAUGAUACUAGUCCGAUGUUUAUGGAAAAUGUGAGCUGCUUGAACACCUCCCUGGUCAUCCUGAUGCUGGCACAUCGACACUCUGAACUCCCUUUGUACCUUGAGGGUCUGCGCAGUCAUGUUGAGCCACACCUCCUCACUAACCUGCGCUCUCUCUUGCGAUUCUGGCAAACUCACUACCUCCAUAAUAAAGAUAAAGACUGCAACACACUUCAGAGGAGUUCAGGUAUCUCCUUCGAUUUCUGGCGGGAGACAGUUGCAACACUAGUUGCUGAAAACAAACUCUCCCCAGACUGCAUAUACCACUACCUGUCUCCUGAGGAUCUUAACUUGUCUCGAACCAGCUAGAAAGCAGCCCAUAUAUGGUUGCCAAGGCUAAGCUGAUUUUUUAUAUAUUUUUUUUGUAUUCUUUGCUUUUUAUUAUUCACAAGAAAGAUUUUGUAUUUCAGGGUUUUCUGUCUUCUCUGGCUCUUUAUUUUUCACAAGAGAAUUUGUAACAAAUCUUCAUAGUGCAGGAAGAGUGGGUUUAGGACUGAUUUUUAAAAACUGUUAUUGUCAUUGUUAUCUUAUUUUUCUACUUUAGUUUUUUGUUCAUUGCAAUGCAACAUUUCUGCAUGUGGAGUACAAAAGUUAUUGUCAACUGCAUACAGUAGAAAAAGAAGAAGAAAAAAAGAGGUGUAUUUUUGCCAGAGAUGCUCUAGUCAUUUUUUAAAGAAACUUAUACUGAGUUAAGUGAGAAUAAGACUAGAGGAGGAGAAAUUUUUUCUAUUCAGGGAUGAGCUUGUUGGUAACGCAAGGUAGAAGAGCGUUUAACUUUAUGGAGAAUUAAAGAAAUAAAAAAUAAAAUAAAAGAAAAAGAAAACAAGUAAGAAAGAGUGAGUCAGGGGAAGGGGAAGAAAGAGAAAAUUAGAUUCUUUUGCAGUUUGGCAUCAGCUACUUUUCAUUGUGUUUUAAUUUAUGGUAUUCUUGUUCAUAAAAAAAAGGGGGAAAAAUUAUCACUCCUGUCCUCUUAUAUUUGAUAUAUUGUAUACUUUGAAAAUGUUGAAACUUUAUAGAACAAAUAAAUAUUUUGUCUAGCUCACUGGGGAUUUUACGGACUAAGAGAUGGGAAGAAAAGCAGUACUGUAUAUACUCUGUAAGAUAUAGGAAAUCUCCAGCCUUACAUAUCACUUAACAUAAAUUGAGAGAAGUGAAAUAAGCAAUGAAAGAACCAAGCAUCAUCUUUAGAAGGAGAAAAUUAUGACAGAAAUCAAACUUUAACAUAUUACAUCAACAAUACCCCCAAUUUUCGACAAAGGCAAACUAUUUAUCUGAAUUUAAUCCAUUGAUGAGAGGUACAUGCACUGUUCACAGUAGUUUUGUUUUGUCGUUUUCUUUACACAUAGAUGACUUCACAAAUCCUUUAUCAGCAAUUAUUCAAAUACAAAGCCUACCUGACCUAACCUGUUUACCCCACUCCCAGAAUUUUUGGGAGAAACUUUUUUAUUCAUUAUGAUAUUAUAAUCAUCAUGAACUUUAUUGAUUUUAUCAUUGACAUUAUUGCCAUUUUAACAUAACUAUGCUGACAGUAAUGAAAGUUAGAUUUCCCCACCGCAAACAAAAUCAAGGAUCCGGGUAAUCAGUUAGAGCCACUGUUAAAAAAAGGAAAAGAAAAAAAUUAGUGGACCUUUCUGGCAUGAAUGGGUUUUGGAUAACCAGCAUUAUUGCUGAGCAGUGGUGGGC